AUGCCACGAACGAGAAAUCUGAACAAACAUUCAUCUUCGGGCAAUUAUUAUAAAAAAACAUCAUUCAAAGAAGUUACGGAAAACGAAGUGAAUUUGAUCGAAAAAUCGAGAGAAGAAGUCGAAAGCCGUUUGGGAACCGCUAAAUGGCUUCUGGUACGGGGAAUUCUGAUUAAAGUUUUGAAAAACCUUCAAGCAUCAUCCGAUAUUCAAGAAAUACUUCAUGAAAAAAUUACUUCCACACAGCUAUAUACAACGGAGAAUGAAGACAAGGCUAGAGUUGAUAGCGUCGGAUGCCCUCUACCACAUAUCUCAGCUGAAUUGGCAGCUACAGGAGAAGCUGUGUUCAAUGGAGAUAUCCGUUUACAAGACAUGGUUCAUAUAUCUUUUGUUUUGUCCAGUAUCCCUAAGGGUAAGAUUCUCUCAAUAGACAGUACGAAAGCACUGGCAUUCCCUGGUGUUCUCGCCUUUUAUGAUUAUCAUAGUAUUCCUGUAAAUGGCAACAAUUUUUGUGGAAAACUACCCGUAAAUGGUGUUAAUGAUGACACUCCAAUACUGGCUAAUGGAGAAGUGGAGUACGUUGGACAGCCUAUCGGAAUUGUGGUAGCCACCAACGUGGAAACAGCAAGAAGAGCAGUUAAAUGUGUUGAAGUACUGUACGACAAAGCUACUCCAAUCAUUCAUAUGCAGGAUGCGAUUGAGAAGAAGCAAUGGCUUGGUAGAAUUCAUGAGUAUGGACAUUCCAGAGAAGAAGUUGAAGAAGCUAUGAAAGCAUGUGAAGUUCAGAUUGAAGGUGAAAUUUCUAUUGAUGGUCAGCAGCACAUUUACAUGGAACCUCAAACAGCCGUUGCUUACGUUGGAGAUCAUAAUGAAGUAGUUGUUCAAGCUUCAACACAAUCUUUAUCGAAUGUCCAGCAGUUAACCGCAGCUUUUUUGGGAAUCCCUUCUAACAAAGUUAUUGUGAAGGUGAAACGUCUUGGAGGAGGUUUUGGAGGAAAAGCUACUCAAAGUGUGCAACCAGCUUGCUUGGCCAGUUUAGUAGCGCUUAAACUUAAGCGGCCAGCUAGUUGCGUAUACAGUCGACAAGAAGAUUUCCUCAUAACGGGAGGGCGUCAUCCAGGCCAUUGGAAAUACAAGUUGGGUGGCGAUGCUGAUGGCAAACUGAGAUGUUUAGACCUAAAAGUCUAUUUAGAUGGUGGAGCAUACACAGAUAUGUCUGAAUGGGUAAUGUUUGUUGCGUGUGGCACAAGCCCCGAUUCUAGCUAUAAGAUACCUUGUAUGAGGAGCGAAGGUUAUGUGGUCAAAACGAACAAGUCCUCUCAUACUGCUAUGAGAGGUUUCGGAAAGCCCCAAGCCACAUAUGCUAUGGAAUGCAUUUUGAGACAUUUCUCACACAAAAUAAAAAAGGAUUGCGAUGAGAUACAAGAAAUGAAUUUCAAUGGAAAAGGUUUCCGUACCCAUUUUGGAACCAACAUACAUUCGGAUUCCUUGUUGGAUGUUUACAAUGAGCUGAAACAGUUUUCUAGAUAUUAUGAUGUCAAGAAAGAAGUUAAAGAGUUCAAUAAGCAGCAUUUGAACAAAAAACGAGGAGUAUCUCUGUCUACUGUUAGAUUUGGACUAACACAAGGUGGACACAUGGAGAGCACGACUGCUUUGGUUCAAAUAUAUUUGGAUGGUAGUGUGGCCAUUUCGAUUGGUGGUAUUGAAAUGGGACAAGGCUUAUCUACCAAGAUGCAGCAGGUUGCCAGUCGAGCACUGAAUAUCCCAAUCGAUUACAUCACAGUUCUGUGUGGAAGUACGGAUAAGACAGCAAAUGCACCCGAAACUGGUGGAAGCCAGGGAACUGAUCUGCAUGGUCGAGCUGUUCAAAUUGCUUGUGCUCGAUUAAUGGAACAGAUUGAUCCGUUACGAAAAGAGAAGAGCAAUCUGUCGUGGCCCGAGAUUGCACUCGAAGCAUAUAAACAGCAACUUCCAUUGCAGGCAUCUGAAAACAUAAAAAUUAACCGUAAGAAGUACGGAAUUGAGGAGAACUCGCCAACUUAUUUUACUACCGGUGCUGCUUGCGUUGUACUCGAAUUGGACUGCUUGACGGGGGAUCAUGUGGUCACAAGCGUUGACAUUGUCAUGGAUGUGGGAAAGAGUCUGAAUCCAGCAUUAGAUAUUGGCCAAAUUGAAGGAGCAUUUGUUCAGGGCUACGGUCAAUUUGUAAGUGAAUCCAUACCGUAUGAUUUGGAUAGUGGAAGACCGUUGUUGGAUUCAAUUGCUAAAUAUAAAGCUCCCACGCCAUAUAUGGUUCCUCGACAGUUCCGGGUUAAGCUGAUGAAAGAUGGUCCUGGAUUUCCUGAGCAAGUAUAUUCAUCAAAAGGGAUCGGAGAACCUCCUAUCAUGCUAUCGGUAGCCUGUUACACAGCUUUACUGGAUGCCGUUCAUGCAUUUUUGAGUGACAAAAAAGGAAAUACCGAAUUUGUUCAGCACGAUGCGCCGUUAACUCGUAAUAAACUUCUGGAAAUUCUACAUCAAGAGUAUUCGAAAUGA